AUGUUGUCAGACACCGGAAACCAGCCCUCCUCCAACCAGGCCGACGAGAUGGCUCGCACCCAGCGCCGCGGCUCGAUCACGUCGAGCGCCUUCUCCAGCUUCUUCCGGAACAACUCCGUCUCGCAGGUCCCUCCCGUGCCGUUCGCCACGCCCCUGGCGACUGCCGCCAUGAGUGAUCACCGCCGCCGGAUGUCCGUCGCUGCCAUCGGCCUCUCGGGUACCUCACCCACGACCCCGUCAGCCCUGCUUCGUCGCGCGAGUUUGUCGACCAACGACUCUUCUAUUGAUGAGAGUGCUGUCGACGACGACGAGCCCCGUCCCGCUGCGCCCCCUUUCCCUCGCCGCAUGAGCUUCGGUGCUGCUACUGCCGCUCAAGCUAUGCGUAGUGUCCGCGGUCCAACAAGCCCCGGUCUCAAUGGUAGGCAACAGCCACAGUCCCCAGCGACACCAACGACCCCGACGACCCCAACUGCCGCGAGCAUCAUGAUGCGGCGCGGCAGCCACACGUGGGAACAGAUCAUGUCGUCUGCCCAAGCCCUCCAAACACAAAGCCAUCAAGCCCAGACACAGAUCCAGUCCCAGGCAAGCACCGCCACUUUAUCCAGAACCUCUUCUAACCUCUUCUCUUCUUCUCCUGCUCGAUCAGACCAAGGCUUCAAUUGGUCCGAUCAGCUUAGGUCGCGUGCCGAGAGCACCGUGAGCGGCGCCGCGCGGGCGUCUUUCUCUUUCCCCUCUGCCUCCAUGGCAGGCUCGCCGCCUCGUCCUCCUAUGCCCGCCCCUCAGGCUGCCGUUGCUACUGCUGGUGUUGGUGUUAGCCCUCGUCAUGAUAGGGCCAAGUCCGUGUCAGAUAUGCCUGCGCCGCCGGCCCAGCCGCCCAAGCCCCGUCAGCCACAGAAGCCGGAUCAUUUCCAGGAGAGGAUCUUGAAGGGAGAUUUUUAUAUGGACUAA